AUGGCUACCCCGGCUGGUCGAACGCUCUUCAAGAAGAAAGAUGGUCUUCUCACACUAACGAAGGACCAUCAAACCGUUACAUGGACGCCUACUUCGGGCGGACCACCAACAGUUUCGUUGCCAGUCGCCAGCAUCACAAAUCUCCAGCAAACGCCAGAAACCGCUGCCAAAGUAAUGCUGAAGAUAUUUGAGAAGUCGGUCAAUGGCGGCGAUCCCGCCACCUACCUCUUUCAUUUCCAUACUUCCGAGGCGAAAUCCGAAGCAAAAGCUGUCAAGGAUGUCUUGUCAAAAAUUCUGGCGGACAUGAGAAGCAGCGAUGCCGGCACAUCUCGCCCAAACGCGGGCGGACGCAUGCCCGGUGCUUCGUCCAGUCCUGCUGGCUCUGGAAACGUUUCCGCCUCCAUGGCGUUUGCAAAUGCCGCAAACUCCCAACCGGCGUCAAGUGUGAGAUGGUUUGACGACAACCAGUUAAAGCUUGACAUCGAGCUGCAACAAUCCCUCAUGAAGAAGGACCGAAGCCUUCAUCAAACCUACAUGGAGGCCAUGUCCACGAAACCGGAAUCAAUAUCUGGGGCAGCGUUCAACGUCCAAUUCUGGUCUACACGCACCAACCUCUUGAGAUCCUAUGCCAUCGAGAUGAAUCAGAAAAAAGGGGCCUAUAACGUCUUGUCGACGGUGAAGCCACGGACUGUUGAAGGCGAAUUGAAGCUGAAUAUCAGUGUUGAGCAGGUUCAAAUGAUAUUCGCCCAACAUCCGUUGGUCAAGAGAAUCUACAACGAAAACGUACCAAAGCUUUCCGAGGCAGAGUUCUGGUCUCGCUUCUUCUUGAGCAGAUUGUCGAAGAAGCUAAGAGGCGAGCGUGUUACAGAAAGUGACACCCAAGAUCCCCUCUUUGACAAAUACGACGCUAGCGAAAACACCCAGGGAAUCCAAAGCAAAAUAAUGGCGCAAAGUGUGCCUCACAUCAUCGAUCUGGAGGCAAACGAGGAGAACCAAGGAGGUUUUAAGAGCGGAAACGCCAAAGACGUCGAGAUGCGGCCAAGAGCUAACAUUCCCAUCGUCAAGACAUUGAACAGCCUCAGCGAGAAGAUCAUGGUCAACGUUCCUCCCUCAGACGGCAAAACUGACGAUAGAACGGGCCAUCGAGACGCUUUUGGCGAGCUUGCACUGCGCGACUUGCACGAGCAGACCGCAGAUCAUCGCAUCGUGUUGAACGUCAAAGAGCAAAACAAGUUCUUUUCCAAACAAGGAUCGGGCCCUUCUGAGAAUGCCCAAACUUUCGUCACUCAAAAACCGCAAGAAGUCCUGGCAAAAGUCCGAGCUUCUCUGGACAGUUUCGAAUGCGACCCCAGCAGGGGGACGAGCUUACAGGAUGCGAUCGCUUUUGAGGAUGAGAGCGAUAGUGACGACGAAGGCCAUAAGCCCCUGCAGGUAGGUUCACGAGCUGCAAUCAAGGCUGCAGAGCAGGAAGUCAUGAAUGGAGUGCUUCAGCAGCGAGCGCAGAAAUACGGUCGAUCCAGCGACGCUACCACUCCCAUGGGCUUACCUGAAUCCGUCGCUGAAAAAUGCGCCCUCGCUCACGCCACUAGCAUCGAGUUCCUCCAUCAGUUCUGGACCGCAUUUCUCUCAGGCGACCCGGAUCGGGCAUCAGAGCUACAAUAUCUUGCCGAGUCGCUUGAACGGUCGGCUCCUCGCAUCUACGCCGUUGCGGAAGAGGCCGAGGCUGUGAGGGAUGAAGUCAUCCGUAAACGCAAGCAAGAGAUUCGAGAUCAUUUUGAACGAACGGGUAAGAAGAUCAAGUGGAAGUCUGACAUGGUCGGAGGUGGACGAGACGCCGUCAUCAAGUUAAUGCAACCAGUGCUGGAUGCCCUCCAAAAAGGACAGCAGGAUUACGCUCGGGCCCUUGCUGUGGAGGGUAUUCAAGUAUCGACUGAGGUCUAA